CUCCGGGCUCCAGCUUUAUUUCAUUUUCCGACUGAUAUCCAGUUUUCAUGGGUCAAAUCCAGCCAGAGUCAACAAUGUUACGAGGAAUGGAUUCCGCCGAGAAACGGCUUAAUGAACUCGGAUACAAGCAAGAACUCAGAAGAGAAAUGACUCUCUUCAAGACUCUUGCCAUCUCAUUUUCAACGAUGACACUCUUCACCGGGAUCACCCCCCUGUAUGGUUCAAGCCUGCAGUAUGCUGGUCCAGCUAGUCUUGUUUGGGGCUGGGUGGUUGUAUCAUUCUUCACCUGGUUUGUUGGAAUUGCCAUGGCUGAGAUCUGUUCCUCUUUCCCAACUACAGGCUCUCUUUAUUUCUGGGCUGCCCAUUUGGCCGGUCCCAAAUGGGGUCCAUUUUCAUCAUGGUGCUGUGCUUGGCUUGAGACAAUAGGUCUUAUUGCCGGAAUUGGUACACAGGCAUAUGCUGGAUCACAGACACUGCAGAGUAUCAUUUUACUAUGCACCGGAACAAAUAAAGAUGGAGGAUACUUUGCUCCUAAGUGGCUAUUUUUAUGCAUGUAUGUGGGUCUAACACUAAUAUGGGCGGUUCUCAAUACAUUUGCAUUAGAAGUGAUUGCCUUAAUCGACAUAAUUUCAAUAUGGUGGCAGGUUAUUGGAGGCUUGGUUAUUGUUAUAAUGCUCCCUCUUGUUUCUUUAACAACUAAAUCCGCAUCAUAUGUGUUCACAAAUUUUGAAAUGGGGACAGAGUCUACAGGAAUUUCGAGCAAACCUUACGCAGUGAUUCUAUCAUUUUUGGUCAGUCAGUAUUCGCUCUAUGGAUAUGAUGCUGCAGCACAUUUAACUGAAGAAACAAAAGGUGCAGACAAGAAUGGUCCUACCGCAAUUCUAUCUAGCAUUGGGAUCAUUUCUGUGUUUGGAUGGGCUUAUAUUUUGGCUCUUACCUUCUGCAUUCAGGAUUUCAGUUACCUAUACGAUCCAACAAAUGAGACUGCUGGAGCAUUCGUUCCGGCUCAGAUACUUUAUGACGCUUUCCAUGGGAGGUAUCACAAUGCUGCUGGAGCAAUUAUAUUACUCUUUGUCAUAUGGGGUUCUUUCUUCUUUGGCGGGCUUUCCAUCACCACCAGUGCAGCCAGAGUUGUGUAUGCAUUAUCGAGAGACAAAGGGAUUCCGUUUUCGACUAUAUGGCGACAAGUACACCCGAAACGUAAAGUUCCUUCAAAUGCAGUGUGGCUCUGUGCAGCCAUUUGCAUUAUUCUAGGACUUCCUAUCUUGAAAGUCAAUGUGGUUUUCACAGCUAUAACCUCCAUAUGCACCAUUGGAUGGGUAGGAGGCUAUGCAGUUCCUAUCUUUGCUAGAAUGGUGAUGGAUGAGAAGAGCUUUAAACCAGGGCCGUUUUACUUGGGCAGAGCCAGUAGACCAGUCUGCCUGAUCGCCUUCUUGUGGAUUUGUUACACUUGUUCUGUGUUUCUUCUACCGACAUACUACCCAGUUAAGUGGGAUACAUUCAAUUAUGCGCCUGUGGCUUUAGGUGUUGGCUUGGGGCUCAUAAUGCUUUGGUGGGUGUUGGAUGCUAGGAAAUGGUUUAAAGGACCAGUUAGGAACAUUGAUCUUCCUAAUGCACACAAGUAACUUUCACUGGUCCAGAAACUUAAGACUUCAUUAAUAUUUAUUCAUAUUUACCUCCUGUUUUCAUAAAUAUUUUGCCAAAGU